GAUUUAUAUUAACUUGUAUCUAUGGCAGCGGUUUCAUAUUAUCAAAUAGUUUAUUUACUAUUUUAGUUUGUUGGUGUUUUUUGUGGAUGGCAGAGGGAUGACUGCUGACAAUUUUUUAUGAUUUUUUUUUUUUUAGUGAAGUUCUAUAUAUCGAAAUGAAAAUGGAUCGUGUUGAUAAAAUAAUAUCCAUGAUAAGUGAUGUGGUUGUAACUGCAUACAACUGCGGCGAGCCCCUGUUUACUAAUCAUACUACAAGUUUGUCAGCCGAGAAGAAUGAGGUGCUGAAGAAAGUGGAGGAGAAUAUUUCCAACCCGUUGAGCUUCAAGGGUUUCGUGAAGCGCAUGCAGACGUACAACAUCAAGUACUGGUACGCGCACCGACAUGCGGCACUGCAGUUGGCGAGAGGGGGCUGGGAGAACGUCAGUGAGUACGUCGUCCGGUGCUGCUUUUGCGACGCAGAAGAGGACCUCAGGGCUCUUGUGUCCACGCAGGAGGAAGCUCUCCUGAAGCUGCUGUCGAAGCAGCACGCCUCCUUCUGCCGCUGGCGCACCGCGUCGAGCCCCGAGUUCUUCGCGUGUGCGCCCCACGUGCAGAGCUCACAGGGCCUCAGGAACACCGUCACGGCCACGGCGGGCCAGCUGGUGGCCCUGGGACGGGACCUGCCCAAGGUCCCCGACGUGGUGCUUCGGGCCAUGAAACUGGGUAAUGAGACAUUGGAACUCCUUGUUUGUGGUCUCUUGAAAGAUGUUCCUGUUAAUGACGUGUCAGUUUCUGCGGUAGUGCUCACGUUAUGUGGAUGGUGCCUCUCUUCCACAAAAGGCAUUCUCUGUUGUUGCUACUGCGACAGAAGAAUUGCUCUCAGGCAUUGGAUUUCUGUCCAAACAUUUGAAGAGCAAAGGCGUCUCAUGCUGAGUGAAAACAAUGCAUCGUUCAUGCAGACAGGUUUUGUCGAUGAUGCCCAGGACAAAGAGGAAGGCAGUCAGUCACCGCUAAGUGAGCUGAGCCACGUGGACUCUGACUGGGAUGACGAAGAAGAAGAACCAGAAGAAGAAGAAGAUGGGGAUGAAGAAAUGGAAGCAGUUGAAUAUGAGGUUUAUGACCAAGAAGCAGAACAGGAUGAUUUCAUCACUGUAGAUAAUGAAAUAUAUGGUAAUGAACUGAAUUCUAAAUUGAAAAACAGUCAAAACAAUCACAUUCAAGAAAAAAAAUAUGAAGCGUUUCAAAAUCAUGAUCAAGAUGUAGAGAUGGAAGAAGACUAUGAUGAACUUGAAGCACAGGAGUUAGUUGAAAGUAACUAUAAUGAGGAAGAUGAUGUGGAUGACUACACAGAUGACGAAAUACCACCAAAUGAGGAUGGCCCUUAUGAUAACACCCAAGAAGUCGAAACCUCUGAUGAAAGUAUAAUAAGUGAUAACGAAGAGGACUUACAAGAAGAAAAAACAGCAAAUUUAAAAAUUCCUCACAAACAGGUGCAGUACCAUAAUAAUGAAAAUGAACAAAAUGAAGAAUAUCACAAUGCUGUUGAAAACCAGUAUUCUAAUUCUGCAAAUGAGAUAGGAAGUAGUGAUGAUGAUGUACUUGUUGAAAAUGAUGUUAGAUUGGAGGUUGAGGAAGAGGAGAUUGAACAUGAGAAGGGUGAAGAAAUUGGUGAUGAAGAUGAAGAGAAUGAUGAAGAUGAUUGUGAUGAUGAGGAUGAUGAUGAAGAUGAUGAUGAUGAGGAUGAUGAUGACGAUGAUGAUGAUGAAGAAGAAGAAGAUGAAGAUGAGGAAGACUAUGAUGAAAUGCCAGAAGAUGGCAGGUCUCAAGGAAACGAUUCUGAUAAAGUCAUAGAAUUAAGUGACUCAGAUGAAGAAAUUGAGCCACAAUCCAAGGAAAAGGUACAAACUAUUCCAAGUCCCACUUCAGUAAUGAUGGUUGAAACAGAGGUUAUUGUAACAGAGUUAGCCUCAGAUGAAAAUAAACAAAACAGUUGUGAAAAAUUAAGUGAUAAACCUGAUACAAAAAUUGAAGGUGUUGGAUUGUCUGGUGAUAGUAAAAACCAAGAUCCUAAAAGUGUGAAUUCUGAGAAGGAAAAUAUUUUGAAAAUUAAUGUGGAUAAAGUAGAAAGUCAGGAUGGUGUAACAUUGUCUGAAAAGUCUGAAAAGCAGGAAAAAACUACUCUGAAACGUAAAAGAGACAAUGAAAAUGAUAUUGGACUUGAGUUAGAUGCGAAGCGAAAGCCAAUAUCUUUUGAUGAUUGUAAUAAAGAAUCACCAAUAGAUGAAAAUGGUACGGUUGUAGUAGCUGGUGACUUGGAAGAUGAUAAAAGUAGUAUGCAGGUAGGGAAAAUACCCUUGGAUGAAGGAGCUGAAAAAAAUAGUGAAAUAUGUCAGGAUGAUGACAAUCUCACGACAUCAGAAGCAUACAAAAGCAGAGUGGUAGAAGAGAGAGUUACGUGCGAGGACACUCAUUGUGAAGUUGGCGAGUUAAAUGGCCUAAAGAAUAAAUGUGAAGAGGAAAUCAGUGGCAGCACUGGCACUGCCGGCGUGGGAGUUACGGAAGUAAGCAAUUCGGAACAAACCGAGAUAAAGAGCACCGAACAAGAAGACGCCUCACUUGUUGCAACCCGAGGUGGAGGUGGUGAAACAGUGGUGAUCACAGAAACAGAGUGCGUGCCAACAACAGCAGUUCCUGCGAGUGAAGUUGGUUCGAGUGCGGCGGUCGCCCGAAGCGAGGCCGUCAGUCCCAGCGACUGCGAGCCCGCGACACAAAAGCAGACGGUGCCUGCCGGCAAGUCAGCGGAAAACGGCCCCGGCAACAUGCCGGUGCUGUCGCCGGAGGUGCGGUCGGAAAGCAGCGGCACGGGGACGCCCCAACCUGCGCCCGACUCGGAAGAUGCAGGGGUCAACAUGCCGGUCCUGGUGCGGGAGGUCAAGCAAGAGCGGGGGAAGGUGGAGGCUCCGGCUGCUCCCUCGGCGGCGCAGGGCGAGGGCAGCGAGAACAAGGUGACAGAGAGUCCCGCAUCGGUGGAGGCAUCCAAGGAAGACAGCACGCCCGGUGAGACCGGUCACUCGGUGGAUGCAACAAGGUGUGUGACAGAGAAGUUACCGCACGCCGGAGAAGACAAAGUUGAGCCGGAAGCUGAAUCAGUGGUCGGAGCAUCAAGCUCGCAGUCCGAGAAGGCGAGUGAAGGGGCGUCGUGCGAGCCCAAGCCUCCCGAGGACGUGUGUCCGGAGGAGAGUGCAGGGACCGAGGGGAACGAGGCAGCGGGGCAGGACGGUGAGGCCAUGGACGUGUGCGAGGCGAGCGAGCAGGUCGCCGGCCGGGGCACCAAGAGGAGCCGGGGGUCGGAGUCGGAGUCGGAGCAGUCCCAGCCCGCCGCCAAGCGGCUGCAGCCCGACGCGGAGGUGCAGAAGCCCCGGUCGCUGCUCGACCCCAUCGCGGAGCACAGGUUCUGGUGCCUGUGGGCGCCGGCCAGGACCGCCGCGUCCUACCAGCGCAAGUGUGGCUGGGAGGUCGUGUUCCAGGAUAUCAUGGACAGGAUUCUCCAGCAGAGGCAGGAGCAGGAUCACGCGGACAUUACUAGAAAGGUACGUCGAAUGCAAGAACAAAUAUUUCCCUUGUGAAUCACCGUGCGCUGUCACAAGGUUUCCACCCGGCUGGAUGUCCGGGGUCAUUCCAGGGAAGCUAUUUGCGCUGGAGAAGACAUGCUGCCCGCAGAACUGGCAACUCCGCCGUCACGACGGGUGUUGCGUGUUGUGGUCGAGUGAAUUCAAACACUGCAUAAGCAUUGCUGGGACUGUGAUUGAUCUGUAUUCAUAUAUAGUUGAUCGUAAUGUUUAUUGUUUUAAUGAUACUCCCUCAAUUGAGAAGGAAGGUGCACCAACGUGUUUAUAAAUAUCGCUUGAAGACUGUUAGCUUAUAAGUUGGAACUCUUAGCUUAGUGUUUCUGGUGUGUUUAUCUGGACCGAAUCACUGAAGACAUUUGUUCAGUGUUGCCGUACGCUACAUUCUCUCAACGUGCUUCUGCAGUUGUAGUGGUUAAGUGUGUGGCAGGGUUGAUACAUUUAAAACGAUAUUGUGCUAACUUGAAAUAUGGGAUGUAAAUACGUAGUACCUAAGUGCAGACAUUUUACUGAGUUUUAAAACAUAAAGGUGAAAACAGCUUCUGAAUGGGAUUAUGUAGAUAUGUUAGAACCCUCUUUCUUUGUUAUAUAUCUGUGGAAGUAAUACAGGUAAUUCUAAUAUCUUGUUACAUUAGUUUUUUUCACAUUGAGUUGAGUAUGUAAUGUGGUGGUUUCAAUUCACUGUCAUCUCAUAUGCCUCAUCAAUCACAUAAUUCAUACACCAAAACUGUUAUCAUUUUGGCAGCAAUUCAUAUCUUGUUAAACCUGUGCUAAUAAAUAUGAAAAAGUUUAGACCUUAUUGAAAUAGAAUAUUGGCUGUGACAAAAGUGUAUUUGUGUUUUUUUUUUAUCAAACAGGUAAUCUGUACUAGUAAUAAUUUAAAUAACUUUUGGUUUCUUAUGAUAAAUCAUUACUGGUAUCUGUACAUAUCCAAUUUAAGUUAAACAUAUGAAAGUAAAGGACUGCUUCUAAAAUUCAGGGGCAGCAUACAAUUUUGAAUAAAUUGUAACUAUAAAUGUUGGCAUUUAUAAAUGAUAUGUAAAAUAAUUAAAGCACAUUUGCUGAUUAGAUAAAAAUGACACACAAACCAUGCAAGGUUUCAUUUAUGAACUGUGAAGUUAAUAAGUAGCCAAAAUUGCUAAAUAAAACAGGAUGACAGACAUUAUUAAUCUUAGAAACAGAGAUGAUGUUCACAUUUGCAUUGGAAAUGGCUGCCUUGUGCUCCCAUUACACACACCUCUCUCUUUUCCUAUUCAUUGGUGCUAUAAACACAAGCCGUUAACUCACUCCACUUUUGUUAAACUGCAGCGUCCAGAUAUGACAAAAAAAACCAACUAAUUAAACAUACAGACUCAUAUCUAUUCACAUCCAAACAAAAAAAAUCAACCAGGGUUCGUACACCUCCUUAAUAUCCUUAAAAAGUACUUAAAUUGUCUUUAAUUGAAUAAGGGUGGUUAAAAAUUCUUAAAUUUCAUUUAUAAUCCUUAAUCAAGACUGAUUGCAUACAAAUAAGGGAUAAGUGCUUAUUUUAAUGUCAUUUGGUUGCCUACUUGGCGGCAAACAGUGCAUGCGCAGUACAGUUAUCAAAUUUCGGGCCACGUGAUUAGAUUUAAAGUAUAAAAAAAAUUGUUUGUCUGUAAAGUCGGUUUACAGACGAUAGUUUAAAGUGACGUCAUAACAAAACAUUGAUGAACUUUUAUGAAUAAAAUUGAAUCAUUUUUAUUGAAUUAUCACUAUUUUGUAUGGAUACAAAGAAGGAGUAAAAUGAAAUGUACAAUUUAAUUGAUAAAUUUACUUUUAUUUUGCACUCAUUAAUUCAAAUAUGUUUAUUACUUUAACGAACAGAUUAUUUUAACUGUAACUUUUAUACAUGUUUGCUAUUUAACUUCUUCCAAUCUGUGUUAUUCUGUUAAGGGUAGGACGAUUAUAGGAAAAGUAGGAAACGAAUGGGAGUGUUUCAAGUUUAAUGUGCCUCGGAAAAGUCAAAUCGAUGGUUGUUCCAAUCGAGUGGAAGAGAGAUAGAUGCGGCGCAAGCGUACAAUGAGCGUAACGAGACAAAGUGUAAUGGGACAAUGAGUCAUCCUUUUUCGUGCGUGCAGCCGGUGUUCAUCGAUUUAUUAUUUUUUUUAAAUUUGUUUUUCAUAAACCUUUAAACUAAAAAGGUGUGUUUUACUGUCUUACUUUGAACUUAUAAGUGUAAUUAAUGAUCAAAUUAAAUGUUAGGGGUGUAAAUUUGAAUUAGAAAUUAUGCUUAUGUAAUAAGCUUAUAGCUCAACCAAAUAGAGUUUCUUUAGGAGGAAAGUAAAACUGUUGAAUAUUUUUAUCAUUGUGAUUAAUUAGCUCUAUUAAAUUUUAGGGACUAGACAGCCUGGUGCUGGAUGUAAAAUUAUAAUGCCAGGUCAUCAAUAUUGUAGAGGCUGAAUCAUAAAAAUUGUGUUCAAGAAGUUGAACAUUUUAAUCAGACAGUACCUGGACGACCGAGUUUAGCUCGGUAUUUUUUUUUGGUUGGUAAAUUGGUUUUUUUUUUUUUUUUUAGAAAUUAUAUUUAAAUACGAAUUA